CGUCGCCACAGUGAACAGUGGGAACAGAAGGCACUUGUUUGUUCGUACUCCGAGUCUCUGUGUUGACGAUGCACUCGAGCGUUUAGCAUCCUGUAGCCGCAGCAUGCUAGCAGCUAACAUGUCGCCGUGGAACUUCAAAUUUGCCAGGGAGCCUGUGAAUCACUGUCACGCCGCGCACUUCUCCCGACACGCUCCGAAUCUGCGAAAGCAGGCAAGACAGACUGAGAAUGAACUGGACUUGAAACUGGUUUCCUUCAGUAAACUGUGCACCAGCUAUAACUCAUCCAGAGAUGGCCGUCGCGGAGACUCGUCAGACACGACGCCACUAUUAAACAACUCAACCCAAGACAGGAUGUUCGACACCAUGUCAGUAGAGAUCGAGCAGUUGUUGGCGAAAUUGACAGCUGUGAAUGAUAAGAUGGUGGAGUACACAAAUGGGCCCGGCACCGCAUCUCUUAAUGCUGCCCUCAUGCACACGCUUCAGAGACACAGAGACAUUCUACAGGAUUACACUCAUGAAUUCCAUAAAACCAAAGGAAACUUCUUGGCCAUCCGGGAAAGGGAAGACCUUCUUGGAUCAGUGCGAAAAGACAUUGAGACGUAUAAGAGUGGCUCUGGAAUCAACAACAGAAGAACAGAACUGUUUCUGAAGGAGCACGAGCACCUGAGGAAUUCGGACCGACUGAUGGACGACACAAUAAGUAUCGCCAUGGCGACCAAGGAGAACAUGACGUCGCAGCGUGGAAUGCUGAAGUCCAUACAGAGCAAAGUCAACACGUUGGCCAAUCGUUUCCCAGCCAUCAACAAUCUCAUCCAGCGGGUCAACCUGAGGAAGCGGCGCGACUCUCUCAUCCUCGGCCUGGUGAUCGGCAUCUGCACCAUCCUCAUCCUGCUCUACGCCUUCCACUGAGCGCCGGCACCCAGCUUUUUAUGGAAUGAUCUUUGUAUUCUGGGACCUGAGGGGGGGGUUGGGCUGAGCGAUCUGAAGAGCAGAAGACCUUCAGGACUGGGAUCUGAAGAGCUGCAGCCUUCCCUGCCAUCAAACUGAGACGGCGCUUGUGACAUGCUUCUGUUCACAGGGGGAUGAGGAGACCAAAAGUUGAGCGGCGUCUCAUUUUUUAAGAUGUAUUUGGAACUGCUCAGGAGCGACAGGAGGAUUCAGCAUCAUUUAUUUGCAGGUGGAAGUAUAUUUAGUUCACUUUUAAUUCACAUGUCAUUGGAUUAUUGAUGGGCUUGUAAAUUUCAAUUAAUAAAUUAUUCAUAUCCAUUUAAACGUUUGUGUCUGGGAGUUGAAAUUCAAAGGCUAAAACACGGGUGAGGGCGAGUUGAAA